GCGGGCCGAACUUCAGUAGGCUGGCGAGGUGUUGCCGAAGCUUUGGGGUGUAGCGUAGGAAAGGUGGGUCGUGCUCUUCCCAAGAAGAAACCCGGCGAUAAAGUGCGGCGUCGGACUUCCCGUGACUGCGUCUCCAGUAAGUCCGCCCAGUUCAGCUCCUCGGGACUCCUUCGCGCCGCUCGCCAAGUGCUUCCGGGUCACGGCAGGCGUCGCUUCCGCAGCAGCAUGGCGGCCGCGGAGGACGGGCAGCUGGCGGGGGACUGCGAAGGAGAGCGGCUGGAUUUCCUGCGGGACCGGCACGUGCGGUUCUUCCAGCGCUGCCUCCAGGUCUUGCCGGAGCGCUAUUCUUCGCUGGAGACCAGCAGGUUGACAAUUGCAUUUUUUGCGCUCUCUGGGCUGGAUAUGUUGGAUUCCUUAGAUGUGGUGAACAAAGAUGACAUAAUAGAGUGGAUUUACUCCCUGCAGGUCCUUCCCACAGAAGACAGGUCAAAUCUAAAUCGCUGUGGUUUCCGAGGCUCUUCAUACCUGGGUAUUCCAUUCAAUCCAUCAAAGAAUCCUGGAACAGCUCAUCCUUAUGACAGUGGCCACAUAGCAAUGACCUACACUGGUCUUUCAUGCUUGGUUAUUCUUGGAGACGAUCUAAGCCGAGUAAAUAAAGAAGCUUGCUUAGCAGGCUUGAGAGCUCUUCAGCUGGAAGAUGGAAGUUUUUGUGCAGUACCUGAAGGCAGUGAAAAUGACAUGCGAUUUGUGUACUGUGCUUCCUGUAUUUGCUAUAUGCUCAACAAUUGGUCUGGCAUGGAUAUGAAAAAAGCCAUCAACUAUAUUAGGAGAAGUAUGUCCUAUGACAAUGGGUUGGCACAGGGAGCUGGACUUGAAUCUCAUGGAGGCUCAACUUUUUGUGGCAUUGCAUCGCUGUGUCUCAUGGGUAAACUAGAAGAAGUUUUUUCAGAAAAAGAAUUGAACAGGAUAAAGAGAUGGUGUAUAAUGAGGCAACAAAAUGGUUAUCAUGGAAGACCGAAUAAGCCUGUGGACACGUGUUAUUCUUUUUGGGUGGGAGCAACUCUAAAGCUUCUGAAAAUUUUCCAAUACACUAACUUUGAGAAAAAUAGAAAUUACAUCUUAUCAACUCAAGAUCGCCUCGUAGGGGGAUUUGCCAAGUGGCCAGAUAGUCAUCCAGAUGCUUUGCAUGCAUACUUUGGAAUUUGUGGCCUGUCUCUAAUGGAAGAAAGUGGAAUUUGUACAGUUCAUCCUGCCCUGAAUGUAAGCACACGGACUUCUGAACGCCUUCGCGAUCUCCAUCAGAGCUGGGAAAACAAGGACUCUAAACAAUGCUCAGAGAAUGUACACAUCUCCACAUGACUGACUUUAGACUGGGAGGGUGGGGGGAUUUGUAGCAUAACUGUAGCUCACGGUUAAAAGCCAUGUAUAACCAAGUGUGCUCUUUUUUUAAGAGGUAGAGUCUUACAAUCAAAUCUUGUGCUGGUGUCACUUUGGAAUAUGGUCUUGAGCCAGUAUUUGUAAUGGGUUUCAAGAAAAUCUUUGAAGUUUGAACCACAAUGGAUUCUGUUAUGGUUCUUAAAUGUUUGUACUGUAUUUCUAAGAAGUUCUUUGAGGAAAAUUAAUUGUGUGUAUGUAGGUUAUCUUUUUUAAAACUCUUCAGUACAAAUUGUAUCAUAUUAUAAAAGAGAAAUAUUCAAGUUUACAGUUCACAUAGCAUUGAUAAUCUCUGGGUGAACACUUAGUGAUCAUUUUAAAAGCUUGACUGCUGAUGGUAGAAAAUUGCUUUAAGAAUUAAGUAUCUGGGAUUAUUCUUUGAAAACAAUUGAUCCCAUAAUUUUUAAAAAGAAGGACAACUUAUUUUGUCUCAUUCAUAAGUGUGUGCCAAUGAAACUUGUGUGGGCUAUACCAGUAUAAGUGAAAUUAACCUCAUAGCAAGAAUGAAUAGGCUUAACUAAUACAAUAAUUUUUGUAAAGGGAGAUUGUUUUAAGAAGACUAUUAUGUAACUGUGGGAAGAGUAAUUUAAUUGUAUGUGAUAGUGAAUGGAAAAGUUUUGUGCUGUGCAAAUCCUUUAUUUAGAUGUUGCUGGGAUGAAUAACAGUUAUGUUUUACUUUAAUCUCAAAUUAUUAGUUCCUGUUUUUUUUCUUUUUCUUUAUGGGGAGAAAACAGUAUUAUCUGGAAGAAAAGACAUUUAGUAGUUUUGUUUAUUUUUCUGAGAUAUGUGAUAUCAUGAUUUAUCCUAGUACUUUUAUAACAGUUACUUUUAGCCAUUUAGAUUUUAUUUUUAGUUUGUUGCCCCAUGCUUUAGCUUUUCUAAUUUCAAACUGAUAAUUGCUUAAUUUUUUCAAAUUUAAUAAGCAAAAAUUUAAUUAAAAAGUAGGACUGCUCAAGUAAAUUAAAUGGCUUAGCUCCAUAUGUGGCCAUUUAUGUUUUUAUAUUUUCAGGUAAGUUGGAGGGAAAUGUACUAUUUAGGGGUUGAAGACGAGAGUUUGGUUUUGUUCUUUUUGUUUUUUUUAUUCUGUGAACUUGCUAAUUGUAAAGGAGGUAGUAUAAAAACUCAUCUGGUCAAUAAUAAGUUAUUCAGUAAAUCACAUCAGUCACUAUUGCUCGAUGACAUUCAAAGAUAUGAAACUAGUACUGAAAUGGAGAAGGAAAACGCUUCACUUAAGGGGCUGGAUUUAAGUUAAAAUCGUGGUGAUAAUAAAUAUUGAAUUAUUUGUUCUCCAAGAAUCAGUAUAAAAACUAAAUUACUAGUAUCGCUGUUUAGGUAUAGUAAAAUUUAACAUUUUAUUUUCAUUUCCUAAAUUGGAGGAAAAAUAGCCUUAAAUUAUGGUUCUUCCCAAAUAAAGGGAAAACUAGUAUAUACUUGAAAAAAAAUGAUCAUGUAUUAUUGGUAUGGUCAGUUGUAAACUUCAAUUUGCCAGAGUAAAAUAUUUUUACAUUAGAAAUAAAAUCAAUUUUUUGAUGAUGGAAAAA